CGUUCGUUCCAUUUUCUUUUUCGGCGAGCUAGGUUUUUCAUAGCGUCGGGAAGCAAUUUUAUUUUAAGGUUUUUGAUUACAUAUGUUAAAUAUGAAAAGUUUAUUUCAUAAAAUUAUCAUGAAAUAAAAUUAACUCUGUAAAAUACUUAUGUUGUUUAAAGAAAUGUAAGUUAAUUUUUAAUAAAAAUACAGUAUAAUUGAGUGUAAAACCUUGCCGGUCUGCCUAAAAAAGAACGCGUAUUGCAUAUCGACUAUUAUUUGCAACUUUUUUGUGUUUUGUGAGAAACUAUAGUUAUUCCUUUCGGUGGUGCAUUAGAACAAAUCACAAUAAAUAUGGCUGAUGGCGUUGUGCUUGAUUUAUACGCCGAAGAUUUGGAUAAAGAUUUUCCACCGCAAAGUCAGGAUGAGUUUUGUGGAGAUGGAGUAGAUUUAUAUGAUGAUAUAGGUGGUCCCAAUGAAAGUACUGUUGGUGGAUCUAGUGCUGCUGCUUCAGUCACCGGUGAUGGUUCCAAUGCUGGUGGUAGUGAUGGCACUGGAAAUGGGUCAAACGGAGUAUACCAUCAAGGAGGUGGUAGUCUAACUCCUAAUCAAGCGGGACGUCGUUUUCAACUUUAUAUUGGAAAUUUAACAUGGUGGACAACUGAUCACGAUAUAUCAAGUGCAAUGCGUGAUAUAGGUAUCACAGAUUUUCAAGAGGUUAAAUUUUUCGAAAAUCGUUCGAAUGGUCAAUCAAAAGGAUUCUGUGUCAUAUCAUUAGGUUCAGAGCCUAGUUUACGUAUGGUGCUUGAGCGUUUACCAAAAAAAGAACUGCAUGGACAAGCGCCUGUUGUCACUUAUCCAACAAAACAAGCAUUAAAUCAGUUCGAAAGUUUACAAAAAACACGUCCAGUUCCACCAGCACAAACUAAUGGACCACCACGUGGUCCAGCACCGCCAAAUAUGAACGUUGGCGGGCCUUUGCCUCCACAUCCUGGUCCACAAGGCGUACCUCCUGGGCAUCCAUCUCGUAUGAUUAAUCCCAAUAUGCCGCCUGGGCAAUAUAGGCCUCAACAUAUGCCACAAGGCCCUCCAGGUGGUCCAAAUGCAGGUCCACCAAGAAUGCAGCAACUUAAUGUUUGGUUGUAG